AAGAACGAAAGAGGAUUCCUUUACUUUAUUAAACUGUUUCAAAUGUCCAUGGCGUGAUCACAAACUUGAGAGAAAGUACGUUGAAUUAUGGAUACUUUGAAAAGCUGUUGGAUAUGGCACUGAAACUGUUGAAAUAAAAAGUUUAUUCCGAUCAACUCUAGAUCUGUGAAGAGAUGCCUUAGGGACAAUAGCCAUGAGUUCACUUAGAGUUCCAUCCGGUCGACUGCAUACUUUCGGGCCAGUUGGACUCGAACUACAGACAGAUGACGAUGCAUAUCUAUCAGCCAAGAACUUUAGAAAACCAGUACAUCCCCCUGGUAGUCCAGCCAGGAAUAUGCCCUCGGCAGAUCAUAAUAAGAGACAGAAAACAUUUGUAAAUGUUGAAGUUAGGAAUUUUAAAUAUUGGGGAGAGUUACGACGAACAAAGACAGAGAUAAAAAGAACGCCGAUAUCACAGGAAGAUAUUCAACGAGAAAAGAUGGCGAUAAAUUACGACAGACGCCGCAUGCAUACAGAGCCAGCGGAAAUGAAUCCGGAGGAUUUUCUGAAGAAAUUGACGCUUGGAAAUCAAGCUAUAAGUGCUUUUAAGGGACCAUCUGUUGGAAAAGCAAAGAAACCACUUGGAAAUAGACUCCUGAAAUCAUUAACUGCAAAAAAGAAUACUGGUAGUCAAUCUUAACAAAUGCGACCUGCGGACGCGAUAUGUGUAAUACAUGUGUCAAAUGAUAUAACCUACAAUAGAAAGACUUCGCACAACAUUUUUAGCUCAAGCUUGAGGUAUAUUUGUAACGCAUUCGCCAGAUUCAUGUGUAGCAGUACAAUUAAAACGAGAUGCGGUUGUGGAUAUGUUGUAAGUCGUUGUGCGAAACUCUCUUUUGUCAAUCGAAGUAUUGUUAUAAAUUGCGAACCAUUAGUAUAUUAACUAUAGCAUGAGGCUAUCCCCGGGGGCGGGGGCACUCCCAAAGUCACCCUUACAGAAGUACGUAAUGCAUAUGGAUGACGUAAGAUAUAUGGAGAACUGGUACUCUCGGGGAAAUUAUAUACAAUAGUCACGCUACCAAAUUAACAAUGGAAUACUAUUAAAGUAGAAAUGCCUAUUAUUAGUUAACUGCAGUUGAGUUUUAUCUAUUACAGAUUUUCCAAGUGUCAUACCA